AUGAAUAUGCAUCAAUGGCUCAUUGAGCACUGUCACCUGGAAAGCACAGAAAACGAAAUAGAUACAUAUGCACGACCCACUACCAACCUCGAUAGACAGGAGACAUCGAUUUGGCCACAAAGAUUACUAGUCCGGGUAGACAGCCACCAUUCAACUCGAGAUACACGCGACUCGCAAGGCAGUAGCAAUGAAUCGCGCGAAUCCGAGGAAGAAACAAUACCGAGUAGCGCCCCCGAUACAUUAGAUACGGAAGAGGGCUAUGAAAUGAACUCAAGCAUCCUAGCAGGUAUCGAAGCCCUUCUAGAAGACUCCGACUCCUACGACUACGACUCCAACUCCGACUCCGACUCAUCAAGCAAUCUGCCAACCCCUCCAUUAAUCCCACCUUACCCAGUCUCGCCCAUCGAACAGCAAACCAUGAUGCUCCACCAAGAUCUCAUCUCGCUCUUCAUCCACCACCGAGUCGCCGCCAUCACGAUCUCAGCCCCAGCCCCCUCCUCCCUCCUCGCCGUCGAAGAAAUGGAAACCCUAAUGUCGCACUACGAAUCCAGUCUCUCCUGCCCCCUUUACUCGGGCCUCUCAGUCCGCAUCUACCUCAGCAUUCUCUACACCGCGUACAUCAUCUCCGACCGCUUCUUCUUCCCGCGGUCCCCCUUCGCCACCCUAACUUUCAGCUAUCUCAGUCCCACACGGUAUAUGGCGAGUAGACUGAGGCGCCAGAGGGUGUCGAGCGAGAUACUGGUCGUGUUUCAGAAUUUACAGACGGUGAUGAGGGAGUUGGAGGCUGUCACAUGGGGGAGGAGGCGGUAUUUGAGGAGGUUGGGGAGGUAUCCUGAGGUUGUGGCUAGGACGAUUUGGAUGUUAGAUCCGACGGUUACGCAUAGGUGGGAUGGGCCGUUGGUUUUGUAG